CGUUUACGUCGGCGGUUCGGAAGUGGUGUUUUCGUGCUUGAUAAACUGCGUCGUGUUUCACUCUGCUAGAAUGGAGAAUAACAAUCAGAGCAGGCAAGAUCCGUUUGCCGAAUAUAUGUGGAUGGAGAAUAUGGAGGACUUUGACCGCGAAGUAGAGGAGCAAUUCCUCGAAGAAGAGUUCAUUCGCGCAUGUAUUGAACAACUGCUCGAAGAAGAAGAUGAACGCGAAACGCUCACAGCGGCAGAAAUAAUUGCUCAACAGCAACUACAGAACCUACAGAGUAAAGAUUCAGCGCAACAAGGAACAACUCAAGGCUCGUUUCGAAGUGGUUUUCAAGGAAGCAGCGUGUACUCGAACGGGUACACGAACGGCUACGGCAAUCACGACUUCAACGUUGUGGCAAAGAGCAAGCUUAAUCCCAAUGCCAAAGUGUUUGUCCCACAGAACACGAGGACAUCGUCGUCAUAGCUGUUAAUGAGAAGUGCCAUCCUGCUGUUGGAUUUUAUGUUAGAUGAAUAGACGGACGCCAUGUAUGAUACGAUGUACAUAAAGUUUGCAAUUUGCGAGAGAGUAUACUGUAAAUGGAAUCCAGGAGGCUUUGUCCUGUCUAAAUUUCUUAUGUAUUUUAAUGAUUAAAUUAAAUAAAGCUCUUAUUUAAUGCAUACAA